AUGAAUUAUUUUCCAGACGAGGUAAUAGAACAUGUGUUUGACUAUUUGGUGUCACAUAGCGACAGAAACAGUUUGUCUUUGGUAUGCAAAAGUUGGUAUAGAAUAGAAGGAUUUACAAGGAAAAGGGUGUUCAUAGGAAACUGCUACUCUAUUAGUCCUGAGAGGUUGGUAGAGAGGUUUCCUGAUUUCAAAUCUUUAACUUUAAAGGGAAAACCUCAUUUUGCUGACUUCAGUUUGGUUCCUCAUGGUUGGGGUGGUUUUGUUUAUCCAUGGAUUGAAGCUCUUGCUAAGAGUAGAGUUAGUUUGGAGGAACUUAGGUUGAAGAGGAUGGUUGUGUCAGAUGAGAGCCUGGAGCUACUUUCUCGUUCUUUCAUGAAUUUCAAGUCUUUGGUUCUUGUUAGCUGUGAAGGGUUCACCACUGAUGGGCUUGCUGCUGUAGCUGCAAAUUGCAGGUCUCUUAGGGAGCUAGAUUUGCAAGAGAAUGAAGUUGAUGAUCACAAAGGACAGUGGCUAAGUUGUUUUCCGGAAAACUGUACAUCACUUGUCGCUCUUAAUUUUGCUUGCCUUAAAGGAGAGAUUAACGUGGGAGCACUUGAGAGACUUGUGGCAAGAUCACCUAACCUUAAGAGUCUAAGGUUAAACCGUUCUGUGCCUGCUGGUGCACUUCAAAGGAUACUAACGCGAGCGCCUCAAAUUGCAGAUUUGGGUAUUGGAUCAUUUAUUCAUGAUCUCCAUUCAGAGGCCUACAUAAAGCUUAAGAAUACCAUUCUUAGGUGCAGGUCAAUAACGAGUUUGUCCGGGUUCUUGGAAGUGGCUCCUUUUAGCCUUGCUGCUGUGUAUCCAAUUUGCCGGAACUUAACAUCUUUGAAUUUGAGCUAUGCUGCAAACAUUCAGGGCGCUGAGUUGAUUAAGCUUAUUCGUCAUUGCGGGAAACUACAGCGCUUAUGGAUAAUGGAUUGCAUUGGAGACAAAGGACUAGUUGCUGUAGCUACUACAUGUAAAGAGUUGCAAGAAUUGAGGGUUUUUCCAUCCGCACCAUUUGGAAAUCAAGCAGCAGUUACCGAAGUAGGACUUGUUGCGAUAUCAAAGGGAUGCCCCAAGCUCCACUCGAUACUCUACUUCUGCCACCAGAUGACAAAUGCUGCUCUCAUAACAGUAGCCAAAAACUGCCCAAAUUUUAUCCGAUUUAGGUUAUGCAUCCUUGAUGCAACAAAACCUGACCCCGACACAAUGCAGCCACUGGAUGAAGGUUUUGGGGCAAUCGUACAGUCAUGCAAACGACUGAGGCGGCUAUCACUCUCUGGUCAGUUGACCGACCAAGUCUUCCUUUACAUUGGAAUGUACGCAGAGCAGCUUGAAAUGUUAUCCAUUGCUUUUGCUGGGGAGAGUGACAAGGGAAUGCUCUAUGUAUUGAACGGCUGCAAAAAGCUUCGCAAGCUCGAGAUAAGAGACUGCCCUUUCGGUGACACAGCACUUCUGACAGACGUAGGGAAGUAUGAAACAAUGCGAUCCCUUUGGAUGUCGUCGUGUGAGGUGACUGUAGGAGCAUGCAAGACAUUGGCAAAGAAGAUGCCGAGUUUGAAUGUGGAGAUCUUCAAUGAAAGUGAACAAGCAGAUUGUUAUGUGGAAGAUGGGCAAAGAGUGGAGAAGAUGUAUUUGUAUCGUUCCGUGGCUGGGAAAAGAGAAGAUGCACCAGAUUAUGUAUGGACUCUGUAG